UUAUUAUUAUUAUUAUCCUAACCCCCUCAGCCUCUGCUCUGGCUUCCCCUCCCUCCUCCUUCCCUCUCUUUCCUCCUCAGUCUUUCUCUUCUUCCCUCUUUGCUGCCUGAGAAGGAAGGCAAGGGAGCAUUGGGGGGAAAGCGGCGGCGGCGGCCGAGGCGGCUGCUUCUCCUUCUCCUCCUCUUUAUUUUCUACCCAUUUUGAAAAAGAAAAGAUUGACAACCCCUCUCCCCCCCAAAUCCUUGGCAAAGGGGCUGGGAGCCUUGGUGCAGCCCUCAUGCCCCUCUCCCUCCUGGACUGCUGGAGCUCCUGAGGAAAGAGGGACUGGGAAGCAAGAGGAGGAGAAGAUUUGGAGAAGUCCUUGAACAGAGACAAAAGAGCCCAGGCCAGCAACUGGAGACUCAACCUGGAGCCUCCUGAUGCUUAUGCAAAUGGUUCAAUGGAUUCCUAGUAGCCCUGAUUCCUCUCCAGUCUCAAGCCCAAGGCUCACAAAUAAUUUAGUAACCAUGACAACAGAAACAGGGCCAGAUUCAGAGGUGAAGAAUGCCCAAGAGGAAACUUCCCAGCAGCAACUAGAGGCAGCAGCAAGUGGUCCAAACACAGUGACCAGCUCCACGCCCACAGCAAACAGCCAAGAAGCUGAGGCUAAUGAGAAACCAGGAGCCCAAAGUGACUCUAAACAUGCAGAGCGGGCUGUGGACAUGGAUGAAAAGGACUACAGUGAAGCAGAUGGGAUAUCUGAAAAAACUACUCCUAGCAAGACCCAGAAAUCACCUCAGAAGGUCACCAAGAAGCUCAAAAGUGCUAUCUGCAGAGUGACCCUGCUUGAUGCCUCAGAAUAUGAGUGUGAAGUGGAGAAGCAUGCCCGGGGUCAGGUUCUCUUUGACAUGGUCUGUGAGCAUCUCAACCUCCUAGAGAAGGAUUAUUUUGGACUCACAUUUUGUGACUCAGACAGUCAAAAGAAUUGGCUGGAUCCCUCUAAAGAAAUAAAGAAGCAGAUUCGCAGUGGCCCCUGGAACUUUGCCUUCACUGUCAAAUUUUACCCACCAGACCCUGCCCAGCUGACAGAAGAUAUAACAAGAUACUACCUAUGCUUGCAACUCCGAGCAGACAUCAUCAGUGGGCGCCUGCCAUGCUCCUUUGUUACACAUGCACUGCUAGGCUCCUAUGCUGUGCAGGCUGAACUGGGAGAUUAUGAUUGUGAAGAGCAUGUGGGCAAUUAUGUUGGUGAGCUUCGUUUUGCUCCAAACCAGACCAAGGAGUUGGAAGAGCGUAUUAUGGAGCUGCACAAGACUUACCGGGGUAUGACACCUGGUGAGGCCGAAAUUCAUUUUCUGGAGAAUGCCAAGAAGCUUUCUAUGUAUGGAGUUGACCUGCAUCAUGCCAAGGAUUCAGAAGGCAUUGACAUCAUGCUGGGCGUUUGUGCCAAUGGCCUCCUCAUUUAUAGGGACAGGCUGAGAAUAAAUCGUUUUGCUUGGCCCAAGAUUCUGAAGAUUUCCUACAAGAGGAGUAACUUUUACAUCAAAAUUCGACCUGGUGAAUAUGAGCAGUUUGAGAGUACAAUUGGCUUCAAGUUGCCCAAUCAUCGUUCAGCCAAGAGACUCUGGAAGGUUUGCAUUGAGCACCACACAUUCUUCAGGCUAGUGUCUCCGGAGCCUCCUCCAAAGGGCUUUCUAGUCAUGGGCUCCAAGUUCCGCUACAGUGGGCGAACACAGGCUCAAACUCGGCAGGCCAGUGCCCUGAUUGAUCGUCCUGCCCCAUACUUCGAGCGCUCCUCCAGCAAACGGUACACCAUGUCUCGCAGCCUCGAUGGAGAAUUCUCCCGCCCAGCUUCAGUCAGUGAAAAUCAUGAUGGAGGAGUGGAGUCAGACAAGAGAGAUGAAGACAGCAAAUAUGGAAGGACGCGGUCAGAGACUGAGGAUGAAGAAGUGACCACCCCAACAAAAAUCAAGGAACUAAAGCCGGAACAAGAAACCACCCCAAGGCACAAACAGGAGUUUUUAGACAAACCGGAAGAUGUUUUGCUAAAGCACCAGGCCAGCAUCAAUGAGUUGAAGAGGACCCUGAAGGAACCCAACAGCAAACUCGUCCACAGGGACCGGGAUAGGAGACUGCCUUCCUCACCUGCCUCUUCCUCUCCCAAACAUGAGGAUGAGACACCAAAGGGAACUCCAGAGAAGGCUUAUGAGAUGUCAGAAGAAGAUUCUCCAGAGGAUCUAUCAUCUGAACAUGGAGCUGCCUUAAUCAUGGAGUCUUUUACACAGAAAAGCCUUGUUUCUUCUCCUGAGGGUUCAGAGCACUGGGUAUUUGUAGAAAGAGAAACCUCUGGGCUGGAAGAGCUAGCACUAAAUCAAAUUAUUAAGACCCAGAAAGAGGAAGCAUGUGCAGGUCCUUCAAAGACGCAAGCAAAUCUGGACUUAUCAAAAGUUACCAUUGCAGCAGGAGGAAUCAAAGCAGUAGCAAAGCAGGAGGAGAAAGUAAGUGAGGAAGGCAAAAUACAGAUGCGCAAAAGAGCCAAAAUGAUUGCCAGUCCAGAGGAUUUUGAGUCAUUAUGGGAGGAUGAUGUGUAUGAGAGAGAGCACAGAAAACACUCUUCUGAGACAGACAAACAGACAACAGUGGACAGAGAAAAGAAAGAUAAAAUAGAGGCAGUGCUGGUUGCUCCUACUGAACUAGAGAAAAGGGAAGAACAGAAAGACAAAACAGAGGCAGUGGUUGUCUCUAGUGAACUUGAGGAAAAGGAAGUGCAGAAAGACAAAUUGGAGGCAGUGGUGGUAGUAUCCACCAAAACUGAACAACCAACUGACACUUUCAAAGGUCCAAGAGACAAGAAUGCUGGCCCUGAAGGUGUCAAAGCUGAAGAAGAACAAAAAUGUUCUUCUUCUUGGGCAGAGUCUCCAAAAGAAGAAAGCAAAAUUAUAAUACAAGAACAGAGGACUAUUUUGACAGUCUCAGACAAGGAAAUGUUAAAAACUACCUCCGACUCUGAGUCUGUUAAAGCUAAAAAACUGAGUGAUAAGGCAGUAUCUUCUGCUGCAGAAAGGAUAAUAUAUUUGGGUUCUGAAGAAACAGAUGAAAAAAGUGAUGAGAUCAAGGAAAUACUUGACAAAAGAAAGCAUUCCGCAUCAGAAGAGAAGCAGGAAAACCAAACAGCCCUAUUCCAAGAAAAAGAGAAGAGCACUAAGUUAGUACCAGCUGCAGAUGAAGGAGAGACUAGGAGAGAUUUUGUUUUCCAGCCCAGCUCACCAACACCUGAUGAAGAAAUAUCAGAGAUCAGCAAGACAGUUCUAGAAUUAGACCAACCUGACAAAGAGACAGAGGAUGGCAAAAAGGUAUACCAUAUAGAGGAGUGUACUAUUAAAAAAGAGGAGCAUUCAUCAACUUCAGAGGAAAGAGCUUCUGUGGAGCCAGGUGAUAACAGAACCAAAGAUUACUGUGAAUCAAGCCCAUACACUUCUGCAGAGAAUUCCAGUCAAAGCAUUUGCCAUGUACCAGUGGCACAACUAAAAUCUGGAUCCCUUACAAAAGAAACAGUGACUCAGCUCUCUUCUCAGCCAGAACAGAGAGCUGAUGAAACUCAUAGCACUCUUCAAGAAGGCGGAGAAGAAUCUGAUGAGAAGGUCACUUAUAUUGCCACAGAAGUGUCAGGCAUGGUAUUCAGAACUUCAGAAAAUCAAACACAAGGAAAUAAUUUAGAUGAAAUGGAAACUUCACAAAUACUUCUUCAGAUGGAAGAUAUAGAGACUACAAAAUCUACUCUGGAUUCCUCAGUACAGCAGCUUUCCUGUACAAUAGCAAUUUCAAAUGGAGAGCAAUAUAAACCACAAGAUGCAAAUGCAAGAGAAUUAGUCCACAGUGAAACCCUUGCAUCAACCCAGUCUGUUCUUGAUAAAUUUUCUGAAGUUCAAGAGACAGUCAAAAAUAAAUGCCCCAGAUCAGAAGAACCCACCAGUAAUCAACAAUUUGUUUUAAAACAGGCAGCUAAAGAUGACAGUCCUGAAUUAGAAGUAGCCAAAGAGAUACUCCAGAAAUUGGAAGAUGUAGCCAAUGCCAACCAUGUUGAAGUUGGACAGAUGGAAAAAGAAAAGUCAGCUCUGUCAGAAGAAUCAACUAAAGAGAAAUCAUCACUUUUUAGUAAUCUGUCAGAAUUGAAAAAGACAUCCAAGGAUGAGUUUCCUGAGGAUGAAGUUUCAGACAGAGAGGAAACUCAUAGAUUGGACAGAUUGGCUAAAGAUGAACUCAAAGAACAAAAAACAGAAAGGCCAGCUAAGGAUGAAGUCCUAGAAUCUGAAGUCCCACCAAAGGAUAAAUACUGUGAAAUAGAAGGGCUGUCCAAAGCUAUUUUUCAAAAGCCAGAAGAGACUGUUUGCUCAAAAGAACAAGCCCAGGACAAGUCCUCUGACUUGAAACAGCUAUCUAGGGAUUACAUUUUACCUCAAGCUCACUCCUUUGAUUCUGAACAUCCAGAAUUGGGAGUGAUUUCUCAAGGUAAAUCUCUCUUGAAAGAAGAAAAUGAGCCUGCAUAUGCUGUAUCUUAUAAGACUGGGUUGACAGAAGGGGAAAGAGAAUGUUCACAGCAGGCUCAUUCCACACCACAGGGCAAUGAAGAACUGCAAACUUCCAGUGCAAAACAGAAACUAGAUCUAGAGCCAGUGAAGCUCAUUGCAUAUGACUUAAAUAUUACUGUUCCACAUGAAAAAAAUGAGGAUAUAGAUCAACCAACAGAGAUCCAUGGGGACUCCUUGGAGCUUAGAAGUGAAACAAACAAAGAAACCUCUGUAGCUUCUAAAAUCAGGAUGUUUGAACAAAGUGAAACAUACAGCCUAUUUUCUGAUAAGCAACAUGCAGCCCCAAAGAGAUUCCAUGAGAGUUGCCCUGGCAGUGAGGCACAAAAGAGUCCACCAAAGAUGCACAUAGAACUAGCUGCAACAUUCUCAAAACAUGAUAUACUUUCUGAAAGCAAUGGUGCAAAAGAUAAAAUGCUUUUGGGCCUCUUAGACAGCAAAGCAAAGGAUCCUAGUAUAGCAUCAGAAGUGGUUUACCUAGCCGUUGCACAAGGACCAAGUGAUGGGGAACCAUCUCAGUCUUCAUCUUGGAAAGAAGAUAUUUCUGUUGGUUCAGAACAAGGGGAAGGAGAUGGAGAUGGAGAUGCCGAACUGGCUUCUCCUGAUUCUGGAUGUGAAAUCACUUUGGCAGAAGCUGUGAGCAAAUUUCAAGAACCACCUUGGGAAGAAAAGGAUUUGUCAGGCCCAACAGUAAAAGCCUUUCCGAAAGAAGAGAGUUUAAAGGCUGCUGCUCCAGUGGCCCUUCAGAGAGCGGGAUUGAGGGAGGGCACAGAGGAGACAGCUAAGCCGCCUCGGCACAGGGCUCCUGAAAGUGACACUGGGGAUGAGGAACAAGACCAGGAAAGAGACUCAGUCUUCCUGAAGGACAACCAUUUGGCCAUCGAGCGCAAAUGCUCAAGUAUCACCGUCAGCUCAACUUCCAGCCUCGAAGCUGAGGUGGACUUCACCGUCAUUGGUGACUAUCACAGCGCAGCCUUUGAAGACUUUUCCCGGAGUUUGCCUGAGCUUGACAAGGAAAAGUGUGAAGAAGAAGCAGAAAGUCAGAUUUCUUCUCAGGAAUCUGACAAACCAACUUCCAGGCAGGAAGAUGAUGCCAAGGAUGGGGAUAAAUUUCCCCCAGUAAUCCCAGAAGAGCCUUCAACUGUGAAAACAGAAAGUGUGAAAAAAGCCGAAGGUGACACCUCUUUGCAGCACAGAAUCACUGCAACAGAAAUUACACAGGUUGAUGGUACCACUACAAACGGAAAAGAGACAAUAACCACUUCCCACUUCAGCACAGAAACCAUAUCAACAACCUCAGAUCACAGCACCAAGCCUGGGAAGGGAACAACAGAACUUCGUUCCGUCUCUCCUAUAACCAGCAGUGCUGUUGGGAAAGAAGCCUUCACCAGCCUUUUUGGUGCCACCGCAGAAACCCUCUCCACUUCCACAACUACCCAUGUUACCAAGACUGUGAAAGGAGGCUUUUCUGAAACCAGAAUAGAAAAGCGAAUCAUCAUAACUGGAGAUGAAGAUGUGGACCAAGACCAGGCUUUGGCUCUGGCAAUCAAGGAGGCAAAACUGCAGCACCCUGACAUGCUGGUAACCAAAGCUGUAGUAUAUAGAGAAACAGAUCCAUCUCCAGAAGAAAGGGACAAGAAGCCUCAGGAAUCUUGACCUUCAUGCUUCUAGAUGUUGGCAUCUCUAUUUUAACUUUGGAGUAAAGAAGGGGCCUUUAUGCUGGAUUCCUCAAUGAGACAUAGAACGUCCCGGCUGCCAGAAUAAUGUUGAGAGACAAAAAAUAAAAUAAAAUAAAAAAGGAAUAGCAAAUAUAUUAUAUAUUAUAUAUACAGGAAACAAAAUGCAUCCUUGCACUGCUGCUAUAUGCUGGAGAUGAAUUAUAAACAGCAACAUUAGCAACAAACAAAACCAACCACCUCUUCAAAUAAAGUGAAGAAUUGACUGGACUGAUCUAAAAGAAAAAAAGUCAUGGUGAUAAUAAUAUUAUUAACAAAACAAAAAACCACCGUUCUGCAUGUUACAUUUAAAGGAAACAUAACUCAUUUGUUGCACACUGAAUGGAAAAGCAAAAAAUGCUUUGCAACAAAGCAAGAAAUCAACAAGCAGAAAAUGAGCAGAAAUAUGACAAUAAUUCCCUGCGUAAGAAAGAAUCAAAAACCAUUCACCUGUAUAAUUCUUGCUUAAUUAUGUUCUGGUUAGGGAUGUGUGAUGAUCAUCCUUUCUCUGCACCCAACACUAUUUCUGUUUCUUCAUAUUUUUGGUUCUGUUAUUGUCUUAAUUAGUCUUUCUUUUUUUAACCUUCUCUCCCCCAUCCCCACUUCAUCCAGUCCCCUUUUUUUGCUGAAGAUAAUGAUGACUGAAUUUCACUUAAAGCAAAAUGAUGUCUGUGAUUUCUCAUUGAUCAAAAUGCAGCCUGUAGAGGUUUCAUAUGGAUGUGCUUUUAAGUUAUGUAUAUUAUAUAUAACUGGGGCGGGUGGGGAGUGAUAUUAAAACAAAUUAAACAGUGCUGAUAAGUAUGACAAUGACAUUUUUACAUUAUAAUUAUUUGACUGUGGUUGAUGUAUUAAGAGACUCUUAGAUCGUGUCAAUAUCUCAUGAAAACGGAAUAAGGAAAAAAUCACUAAUUUUCACUAGGGGUGGUAUUUGUCACUCGACCCAAUGUCUUAGAAAAGGGAUUGGCAUAGUGACAGAAUAGUGUUCGUAACUGGUUGGUAGAUGAUAAGACAGCAUUUGACAACACAUAGAGAAUGUUAAGGAGGACAGAGUGGAUCAGUGUUACUGCAGCCCACAGAGUCACUAAUGUGCCACUUUUUCUUCAUCCUCUAGGCCCAAGAAACUUUGGUCACUUUGGGGACAUCAGCUCAGGUUGCUUCAUCAUUCACAGCCUUUCAGUAUCUAGAAGUCUUUGAUCUCUUAGACCUAAGGGUUCAGCUGUAGUGAAGUUAUUAUGUCCCAUGUGUCAGUUCUUCAGAAUAUCAGAAUUAACUCCCAAACUGAAUGGUCUUCCCAGAAACUACUGACUACAACAAUCCAUUUUAGCACUAUAUCAAAAAUGAUUGUUCUCUAAGGGAAGUGUACAGUAAGGUGGCCCUGUCCUGCUACCUGCAUGUUAGAUUGACUGCAUUUUGCCAGGUUGAUGUUAGAUUCUAGAGAAGUGGGCAAUCAGUACAAAAAACAACAACACUGUUUCUGUCAAAGUAUGACUUUUCUAUACACUUGUGUAGAUUUCAUGGACAAGUUACAUAUGGGUUCUUGAAAGUGCAUCCAUCCAGAUUUCAGCAAGGUGUGAAGUUUGAAAGGACCAACCAGUGAACACUAGGAGGCAGACACUUCUCAUGAAUAAGAAAGGCAUUAAGUCUGACUGUUCUACAGAUGGAACCUGGAAGUUUAAAGUUUUCCUUUUCUGCUUCUCAUCAAUUGCCAUCAUGCAAGGGAUGUUACAGCAGUAGCAGAAUGUGAAGACAUACCCAAAUAAGCCUGUUCUCAAGAGGGACAGCCAAUGGCUGUAGAUGCUAGAUAAGGGCCAACAAAUACUAUGCCACACUUGCCUUUUGUCACCCCUCUUCAACACAGUACUCAGAGAAAGACCCGUAACUAGUGCCUAUCACUGGAAUCUAGAUAUCUGAUUAAUAAAAGGCUUACUUGAAUAAAGUCAUUAUGAUAAAUAUACCCCACAUAAUAAGCAGUUUGCCAGUGUGGGAAGGACUCAAUAAUUCAUCUUUCCAGUUGUCUGCUAGUAUUGCUUCCUAAAACUGGAUCUGCUUCUGGCAUGCAGGCAUGUCCUCAGUAAGCACUGAAAGCAUAAAACAAGCUUUAUGCUAUAGGAGUAAUUUCCAGUUCUCAUAUAUUCACAUCUGUGUUUCUCUUCCUAAAUUUUAUCUGAGGUUCAUUAUUAAUUUUUCCCACUUCCUGCUGCUCUUCAGAAGCAUGUAAUGCCCCAGAACCAAAAAGUAAAGAUACAGCAUAGACACACACAAACACAUGAACUCUAAAUCAUUCUUGAAGGUGAAAAAAGAAACCUUUGUGAUUUCAGUUAAAAAACAAAUCUAGAGAAACCUGGAUGGCAUCAUAAUGAGAGGUAUUGUGGCUAUCUGCAUUAUAUCCCUUCCCAAGUGUUCAAUUUUGAGUUUGGAUUUCAAAUAAAACCAGAUAAGAAGCCCUUCCUGAGCAGCUAAAUGGAAAGUAUGAUAACCACUUAUUGCUGGCAUACAUUUGCGCGAGUUUGACACAAAUCUGUGGAGGUGAACUAUUUCAGAGCCAACAUGCGCAAGAUCAGAAUUCAACUAUGGGCAAGCAAAGGAAAGCUAAGAUAGACUUGCUUUAUUAUGAUGAUUUUUUAUUCUUUUUGCAGCUUGUCUGAUGGGUAGCCAUUAACAAGAACUAGUUUUUUGUUCACCUAGCAAGAUGUGGUUUAUCUAUAAAUACCUAUAUAAAUAUAUAAAAAUAUAUAUUUAUGAUUUGUGGUAGUGUUGAAGCCAUGUGUAAUUUUAAAGUCAUGGUUUCUUCUCUUUGAUCAUCACUGUUGCUGCCAUCUGAUAUAGUUGGUUACUCUUUCUCUCUUCCUUUUGCGGGGAAUCUCUUCAUUGAAGGGGGGUGGGAGAUGCCACUGCUUGUUUCCAACAAAUCCUGCAAGUUGAUUCCAAAAACUGGCCUGCAACUGCAUGAAUUAAUAAAAUUCAUAUUUCUUUUCUUAUUAUUUGAGAAGCACCUUACCAACCAGCUGCAAUGCUCUGUCAUUCCUUCACUAAUUCCUCUGUUCUCUCCUGCUCCUUGUUCCUAUUUUUGUCCCCCACCCACCCCUUUCAGUCAUAUCCCUCUUUCAGUGCUUGGUGGUGUAUGCGUGUGUGCUCACUGUUCUUGUAUUCAAUAAAAGUGAAAUAAAUGUGUUUGAUGCUUAA